AUGUGCCUUCAAAGACUAUCUCUUCUUCUUUUUCUCCUCUUCACUCUCUGUUCAUCUCCUGUUUUUGCUCUUAAAAAGUCUUACAUAGUGUACUUGGGAUCUCACGCCCAUCCUCCUCACCUCUCUUCUGUUCAUCUCAAUGGCGUUGCUCACUCACAUCGCACUUUCCUCGCUUCUUUCUUGGGAAGCCAUCAAAGUGCAGAAGAAGCAAUCUUUUACUCAUACAAGAGACAUAUCAAUGGCUUCGCUGCGGUUCUUGACGACAAUGAAGCUGCAGAGAUCGCAAAGCAUCCUGGUGUAAUAUCUGUGUUCUUAAACAAAGGAAGGAAACUGCAUACGACUCAUUCAUGGAAUUUCAUGCUCCUUGAGAAAAAUGGUGUUGUUCACAAGUCUUCUUUGUGGAAGAAAGCAGGAUUCGGAGAAGGCACAAUCAUAGGGAACCUGGACACAGGUGUGUGGCCCGAGUCAAAAAGCUUCAGCGAUGAAGGGUAUGGAGAUGUUCCGGCUAGGUGGAAAGGUAGUUGCCACAAGGAUGUUCCUUGCAACAGGAAGCUCAUUGGUGCUAAAUACUACAACAAAGGUUACUUAGCCUACACUGGCUUUCCUUCCAACGCUACCUUCGAAACCAGUCGUGACCACGACGGUCACGGUAGCCACACUCUCUCCACGGCAGCCGGUAACUUUGUUUCAGGGGCCAAUGUUUUUGGCCUCGGAAACGGGACAGCCAGCGGUGGCUCUCCUAAAGCUAGAGUCGCCGCUUACAAGGUUUGCUGGCCGCCUGUGCGCGGGGCGGAAUGUUUUGAUGCUGAUAUGUUGGCUGCGUUUGAUGAAGCCAUCAAUGACGGUGUGGAUGUUAUCUCGGUUUCAGUGGGUGGUGAUUCCGGAGAUUAUAUGAACGAUGGUAUAGCCAUUGGAUCCUUCCACGCUGUCAAAAACGGGGUGACGGUUGUGUGUUCGGCUGGGAAUUCGGGUCCUAAAGCCGGAACCGUAUCAAAUGUCGCACCGUGGAUUAUUACAGUCGGAGCUAGCUCCAUGGAUAGAGAGUUUCAAGCUUUUGUUGAGCUUAGCAACGGCCAACGCUUCAAGGGAACGAGCCUCUCAAAGGCUUUGCCCGAAAAGAAGAUGUACGACUUGAUCAGCGCCGCAGACGCUAAAGCAGCCAAUGUGUCCGCGACACAAGCAUUGCUAUGCAAGAAAGAUAGUUUAGACGCGGAGAAAGUAAAAGGGAAGAUCGUCGUGUGUCUAAGAGGAGACAACGCACGUGUGGACAAGGGACAACAAGCGGCCGCUGCUGGAGCUGCAGGAAUGAUACUAUGCAAUGACAAGGCAAGCGGAAACGAGAUAAUCUCAGACGCCCAUGUUCUUCCUGCUUCUCAAAUCGACUACGAAGAUGGUGUCGCUGUGUUUUCGUACUUAGGUUCAACGAAAUAUCCCAAAGGUUACAUAAGGGCACCAGCUAGUAAGCUGAACACAAAGCCUGCUCCUUUCAUGGCCUCAUUCUCUUCCAGAGGACCUAACAUCGUCACGCCGGACAUUCUCAAGCCUGACAUCACUGCCCCCGGUGUUAACAUCAUAGCCGCCUUCACGGAAGCCACAAGCCCUACGGAUUUAGACUCUGACCAUCGCAUAACUCCUUACAAUACCGAAUCAGGAACUUCAAUGUCUUGUCCUCACAUUUCCGGUAUCGUUGGUCUCUUGAAGACUCUUCGCCCUCAAUGGAGCCCGGCCGCAAUCCGAUCUGCCAUCAUGACAACUGCAAGAGUCAGAGAUAACACAAGAAACGCUAUGGUUGAUCAAUCUUUCAACAAAGCAACUCCUUUCAGCUACGGUUCAGGCCAUGUCCAACCCAAUAAGGCCUCUCACCCUGGCCUUGUCUAUGAUCUCACAACUAGUGACUACUUAGACUUCCUUUGCGCCAUCGGUUACAACCAAACAGUAGUUCAACUCUUUGCCGAGGAUCCAAAAUACAUGUGUCGCCAAGGAGCCAAUCUUCUCGACUUCAACUACCCUUCGAUCACUGUCCCUAGCCUCACGAACUCUGUUACCGUCACCCGUAAACUCACGAACGUUGGACCACCUGGAACAUACAAUGCUCAUGUCCGAAAGCCACUUGGAGUAAGCAUCUCCGUGGAACCGAAACAGCUAAAGUUUAACGAGGUUGGUGAAGUGAAGACAUUUCAGAUGACUUUGAGUCCCAAGUCAACGAAGUCUUCAGGUUACGUUUUUGGAGAGCUUACGUGGACUGAUGCCAAAAGUUACGUUAGAAGUCCCAUUGUGGUCAAAAUUUCAACCUAG